AUGGGUGCUGUUUGUUGUUGUUUGCAUUUUGAGGACUACGAGGAUUAUGUGAAUCCUAACAGUUCUGUGUAUAGAAACUGCAUGUGUCUCAGCUGCUUUCUGCAGUAUUUUCUACAUGUGUAUGGCCAACUUUUUCGGAGAGGGGAAGUGCAUUCUGUUUCAUCAUCUAUUCAGGGGGCAGCAUCUCUAAAUUCUCCUACAUCCCUAGACAGCUCUCUAGCUGACAUGUACCGAUCUCCUCCAAGGCCCUUGCCAUAUGAUGCUGAUCCAAGAUAUUUCAGGUUGCAGCGUGAUGGUCUGGUUUCAAGGCGUGAGAAGGGUUCAAGUCACUCACAUGAGGAGGCAGAACCAUUGAGAAGCGAUAAUGAUGACGAUACAGAAUUCUACAGUACAGGAGACAAGUGGAAUGCAUCUACGUGUGAGGAAGGUUCUAAAGAACAGCGUCCCAGGUCCUCGCUUAAACUCUCAUCUGCAAAAGCUUCCUCUGGAAUCGGAUAUAUUUAUUCAUCUUCUGAAGACGAGGAAGUCUGUCCUACAUGUCUUGAAGAGUAUGCUCCGGAGAAUCCUAAGAUUAUGACCAAGUGCUCUCACCAUUUCCACCUUGGUUGCAUUUAUGAAUGGAUGGAGAGAAGUGAUAGUUGUCCUGUUUGUGGAAAGGUGAUGGCAUUCGAUGAAACGACAUGA